UUCUGGUUGUUAGCUGACAACAAGAACAAGAUGUGUUUGCUAGUGUCACAAGCUGCUGCUAUGUAGUUUAGAUUUCAUUUCUUUAUUUAAUGUAUAUUUGUGCUUUAUCCCUGCCAUAUAUCUGGUUGUCCUAAACUUUACAUCAAAGUUUUACAAUGAUGGCCAAUACCAUUCUCUGUGUCCUUACUCUGAAUUGCUGGGGUAUCCCAUUUGUGUCCAAAGAUCGCAAGGCUCGCAUGAAAGCUAUAGCUCUAGAGCUUGCCUCUGGGAAAUAUGAUAUUGUUUGUUUACAAGAAGUGUGGGCUGUCAGUGAUUUUAAUCUAAUUAGAGAUGGAGCUAAACCUGUCCUACCUUACUCCCACUACUUUCACAGUGGAGUAGCAGGAUCAGGUGUUUGCAUUCUGUCUCGGUUUCCAAUCCAUGAUGUUCUUUUCCACCAAUGGCCUGUAAAUGGCUAUGUUCACAAAAUUCAUCAUGGAGAUUGGUUUGGAGGGAAAGGAGUUGGGUUAUGCCAAAUAUAUUACAACGACCUUCUAAUUAAUGUCUAUGCUGCUCAUUUGCAUGCUGAAUAUGACCGUGAAUCUGAUGAGUAUAUUGCCCACCGCGUCUUACAAGCCUUUGAUACAGCACAGUUCAUACAUAUGACUUCAGGUGGAGCAGAUAUGGUCAUAUUAGGUGGUGAUCUCAACACAGAACCUGACGAUUUAGCUUAUCAGGUUUUAUUGUUAAAUGCAUAUUUGCAUGAUGCAUACAAUCAGCCCUCAGCUGUGGACAAAACUACGUUUGGAACAUUUGCCACAGCUCAGAACUCAUAUACUCCUGCAAAGUCGAUUCGCAAGUCACCUAAUGGGCAGAGAAUAGACUAUGUUUUGUAUAAAGGAGGUCACAGAGCCCAGGUUACUCAGGAAUCUUACAGCCUUCCUCUUCCUGAAACUGUCCCUGGAGAAACAUUUAGUUAUUCUGACCACGAAGCUGUGAUGGCCAAGUUUAAAAUAUCUCAUGUUGGAAAUGCAACUGCAGGACAUAGCAUGGAUCUUGAACGUCAAAAUAUAGUGGUACAGAAGGCACUAGAAAUUUGUGAUGAAGCACUCAAACGAGUUGGGAGGCAUCGUAAACAAUAUUGGAUGAUGUCCUUAGCAUUACUUCUAGUACUCAUAGCCAUGCUAUGGGUAGAAUGGGGUAUCAAACCCCUUGUCCCUUUCAUCACAGCAUUAAUGUGCUACAUGAUAUUCAUGGCAACCCUCUGGAAUAACAUGGAAGUCAAUGGUAUUUUGGCUGGAAAACUAGGCUUGCAAGUCACCCAAGCCAGAAUACAAUCAGCCUGGGCUAGUGUAGAAGUACCUCAGACAAAUACAUAGUACAUGUUACCAUGAAAAAACAUUUAAAAGGCAUGUUAUGCACAAUUUUAUUGUAAUAACUGAUGAUGGUGAGAUUGGCUCCUGUGAUCUCUUGUUGCCAAACUACAUAAAAAUCAUACCUAAGGCUGUAAUUUCUGAAAUUCAUUUGACCUGUUAUUACAGAAUGUAAUUAUGGUCGGAUAGGUUUUAUUCGUAUGGACAUAAAAACCUAUGUAUGUGAUUGUACACAUGAGAAAAAAAGUAACCAUUUAAAAAUGGUUUAAGACUGAAAUGUUAAAUUUUCUUCAGGUGCAUUUGCAGUGGUAGUUUGCCAACUAAUAAUCUAAGAGGGUACGUACUAUUGACAUAUGUUUUUGAAAUUGUUUUCUUUUAUAGUUGUGAUUGUAUAAUAUUUUUAACUGAAUCCUUGUUACAUUGAGCUAAUUUUAAUACAAUGUCGGACAUUUAGUUUUAACUCAUCAAAAUAAGUUUACUUUUGAACUGGGAUAAAUACUCUAUGAAAGGCACUGUCCCACAGCAAGUUCUGUCCAUGACUGUUGCAUUAUUAUUUGAAAUUUUAUUUUCACAGAGAUUCUGUAUUGCUUCUCUUAAAAUUUUAUCUCUGUGAUUUGUUUGGGUAAUGUGUCAAAUAAUAACCUACUAAAAGUAUUAAUUUGCCAAAUAAAUAUUAAAAGGGGAAAAACGGGACCAGUUAGGAGUAUCUUAUUAAACAAUGCAUUUAGAACAUUGUGUUCCUUCUGCGCUCAAAAUAAAGACAUUGUUGUUGUGAACAA